UUCAGCAACGAAUCUUGCAAAAAAACCCCCAUUUCCGAUUGACAUUUCUCCCAAAUUGUACAAGAAAUUAAGCCCCCGCCAUGGCGACGACCACCGCCGACGAGAGGGCGGCGGCGAAUCUGGAAGGGGCCGAACUUCUGGGACAACCGACCUUCACAGAGCUCGACAAUGGCCGCUUCCGCUGCGUGGAGACCGGCCACGAAGUUCUCGCCAAGAACAAGGACUCCUACUCUCGGACCAAGCGCUGCCGUCUCGGCCUGAUCGACUUCGCUUUAUGCCGUCGAAAAGUUCCCCUCAAUAUGUUCGAGCAGGAUCCUCUCUUCUGUUCGAAGUUAAAAUGCAAACUUACUGGGGAUACCAUCAACAAAACAGAGGAACAUAUAUGGAAGCACAUUAAUGGCAGACGGUUCCUCUACAAAUUAGAGCAAAAGGAGUUAGAGAAAGAUACAUUGUCUAGGUCAGAAGAGCAGCAAGGAAAGAAGAAUGCUGCUAAGGCUUCAAAAUCAAGUACAGAAAAUUCAAAAAGCAAAAAGAAGAAGCGUCAGGAUUGUGACAAUGGAGGAGAUAUAUCGGCUCUAGUAUCAGUUGCAGAGCAUGUAAGUGAUGGGGCUGCUAUAGAGGAAGAGGAGUUAGAGGAAGACGCAGUGUCUAAAUUAGGAGAGCAGCAAGGCAAGAGGAAAGCUUCUAAGGCUUCAAAGUCAAGUACAGAAAAUUCAAAAAGCAAAAAGAAGAAUCGUCAGGAUUGUGACAAUGGAGGAGACAGAUUGGCAUUAGUAUCAGUUUCAGAGCAUGUAAGUGAUGGGACUGCAACAGUGGAAGAGGAGUUAGAGAAAGACACAGUGUCUAAAUCAGGAGAGCAGCAAGACAAGAGGAAAGUUGCUAAGGCUUCAAAGUCGAGUACAGAAAAUCCAAAAAGCAAAAAGAAUAAGUGUCGGGAAUGUGACAAUGGAGGAGACAGAUUGGCUUUAGGAUCAAUUUCAGAGCAUGUUAAUGUUAGUCAUAGGGCCAUUGCGACAGUAUCAAAAAUGGAUCCUGGACCUAUUAACUCAGCUAUAUUACAUUUACAACCUACACACCGUUCACAAUUGGUAUGGACUGACCAAUCUGCUAAUUGUUUGCAAUGUCGGAGGAGAGAAGCUAUCUUGCAUCGAACCAUUAAUUUGGAUGCACGAAUAGUGCCUUACUUAAAACAGUCUGGAUUUUGGGGGGUUGCGCGUAUUGGAUUCACCCAAUUAGAUUGGCAUCUCAUUACUGCUCUAGUGGAACGUUGGAGACCUGAAACCCACACAUUUCAUAUGCCGGGAGGAGAGUGCACAAUUACAUUACAGGAUGUGGCUAUCCAAUUUGGAUUGCCGGUUGAUGGAGAACCUGUAACUGGAUCGUUACAACAUGAUUGGGCAACAAUAUGUGAGGAUUUGUUGGGAGUACGACCCACACAGCUUAAGGGGUCUAGGUUAAGCCUACCAUGGCUAGCAUCACAAUUCACAAAACUACCCGUUGAAGCAGACGAGGUCAUGAUCAAACGUUAUACGAGGGCAUAUAUUAUGCAACUUAUUGGAGGAUUUCUAUUCGCUGACAAGUCUAAUACGCUUGUUCAUCUCAUGUUUCUUCCUCUCUUGAAAGAUUUUGAAGAGGCUGGGCGAUAUUCUUGGGGUAGUGCAUGUCUUGCAUGGCUAUACAGAGAAUUAUGUCGAGCCAGUCAAAUUGAUGCAUUGGAGAUAGCAGGCCCACUCAUAUUACUGCAGGUAUGGGCUUGGGAUAGAUUUCCUGCCAUUGCACCACAACGCAAACUAACAACGCCUAAUGAAUAUGUUGGAUGCCCUCUUAGUGCUCGAUGGAGUGGUUCAUUAACGGUCACCAAGGUAUCCACACAUGUGCUAAGUCAAUAUCGGUACACAUUUGAUCGACUUUCACGAAAUGAGAUUGUGUGGAUACCAUACAUGCAUGAGAUUAUGUCCAUCUUACCAGAAUAUUGUCUUAAUGGGCAAGAUGUUUGGUUGACUAUAAGUCCUCUCAUAUGCUUCCAUAUUGUAGAGUGGCAUCGGCCCGAUCGAGUGUUAAGACAAUUUAGAUUACGACAAUAUGUGCCACCACAUUGUAAUACAGAUACACAAUUGCAUCAGUUAGACUUGCGAGGUAGGUAUGACAAUGAUUGGAGACGCGAACAUGCACGAUAUAUAUCAGCAUGGGGUCUACGCCGAGAAUGUUGUGCAUCUGGCAAGGUAAUACAAGACGAGUCUGAUGUAUCGGAUGACUACUUAUCUUGGUACAACUCAAUCACGAGGAGAUACAUUACACCUCAAGGAGCAGCCUAUGAAUACAUGGCAAAUAUCAUCAAGCAAAUACAUGAUAUUUCGUCGCAAGACGAGAUCAAGUCUCUAUGUGAUAGUUGUUUCAAAGUAAUGGACGAUCUUCAUGGUAGGAAUAGCGUUAGACCACUAACUUAUGAUCCCGACAAGCGACAAAAUUGUCGUAGGCGUCAACAGCCACCAACUGAGGACAACCUUGAUCCUUGAGUCGACAAUCAAAUUCGGGCUACCCUCGUAAGUAUGGAUCUUGACACUCACUAAUCUUUUGUCUCGGUACAUAUAUCCAAUCACCCCAUAAGAAGAAAAGGAAAAAGAAAAACCUAAGGAUGAAGAAUAUGCACAAAUAACGUUUGAUUGUACUCAGAUGUUUUUCUAAGUUUUGAUUUUGUUUCGAAGCUUGGAAAAUUGUGAAGCAUGUAUUGUCAUCGUUGGUUAGAGAAGAGAAAAAGAACGAAAAGAAAGAAAGAAAAAAAAAUAGUGUAUAGUUCAAUUGGUUAAUAUAGAGGUUUGAACCUCGCAUGUUGUUGAACUGAAAAAAGGCAACCUAAUUGAAAUAUAUGAGAUUCUCCUCAACAAAAUCAAGGUUAUAAA